GCCAAGGAGUCAGUUUGAGUCUGCAAGCAGAGCAGAGUAGUAGUGUGGGUCUCAUGCUAAGAUGAGCGCCACCAUCGUCGGUGCUGCACGCAAGAUGGAGGGUCACCAGGCGAAGGAGGAGAAGGACGCCGCAGAGAAGAAGCUCCUCAGCGCAGUGAGGAACUACAGCAUCUUCCUCUACGUCGUCUUCGUGUUCUCCACGCUCGCGCUGAGGGUGGCGGCGAAGGCCGCGCCGGCCGCCGUCGCCUCCGCCCAGUGCUUCCUCGCCGGCGGCUACGGCCUCACCGUCACCGUCGCCUCCUUCGCCGCGGCGACGCUGCUCCUGCAGGCCCUGCUCGCGCGCGUCCUCAGGCCCUCCACGAGUGCGCGGCUGACCCCUCUUGCCGCGUGGUCCCUCGCCGCCGUCACUUGGUGCUGCAUCACGUCCAUCUUCCACAACUGCCUCACCUUCGGCGACGAGAACCUGGGCGGCUACGGCGAGUGGGCGGCCGCCGCCGGCGCCUCCGUCGCGAACCUCGCCAUGUCCGCACGCACCGUCAGGCGUCACCUCGCUUGAGGAGGAAGAGGAGGAGGAUGCUUCGCCGGGAGAACAGGGCACUUGCAGAGGGGGCAUGCCUGCAGGCUGCAGUAUCUUCGUUUAACUAUCAUGUUUUUCUCUUUUCGUAGUGUUAGAAGCUGGCGAGCUGCUAGGUCGCAGAAGUGGCCCUGUCAAUGGCCGUGUGGUGCCUUUGCCUGUCUACUGUGACAGUGUGGUAGGGAUUUUCUUUGCAUGGUUGGAACCUGAGUCUGUUCUCGAUUACUGGGAUGCUGUAGGGAUUUUCGUAAUGUUGGAGAAAAACUUGUGAUGGGAG